CAUUUUAGCUGAGGGAGAGCUCUGUUGUCGUGUGUGUCGAAGUGCCCGGGUCAAGGUAGAAGUGCAUUUUAACCUUGCUGAAGGACGGCUGUAUUUACUGACGUAUGUAAAUGAAUAUAGGGGAGGUCCUUGGGCAAAAAAAAAAACACACACCGAAUCAGUUUCACAUUGCAGCUCCGGAGUUCCUGCGUGGAAGGAAAAAACGAGACGUGGCGAAAUCUGCUCAGCAAACCAUGCAGGAUGAUUUACUGAUGGACAAAAACAAAGCCCAGCCUCACCAUCAGCAAGAUCCGACGCAAGUAGACCCUCCUCCCUCCACACCGACCCCGUCAUCGGAGCCCACUUCUUCUUCAUCGGAGUCGGAGAGCCCGUCGACCGGGAGCAACCAAGCGGCUUCAGCGCUGAACAUCAGCAGCAAGGACAAAGUGCCGAUGGAAUCGCCGAUCCUGCCCGGGUUGAGCUUCCACCACCAGCCGCAGGAGACCGGCGGCCCCCUUUCCUCCCCUUCCUCCUCGUUCGGGAGCACUUGGUCCACGGGCACCACAAACGCCGUGGACGAUGGCUUUUUCCAGGGAAUACCCUCGGUGAACGGGACGAUGCUUUUCCAGAACUUCCCCCACCACGUCAACCCGGUCUUCGGGGGUAGUUUCUCCCCGCAGAUCGGCCUGGCUCCCCAGUCCCAGCAGCAUCAACAGCAAGCACAGCAGCAGCAGCAGCAGCAACAGCAACAGCAGCAGCAACAGCAGCAGCAGCAGCAACAGCAGCAGCAGCAGCAGCAGCAGCAACCCCAGCAGAGGAGAUCCCCUGUCAGCCCCAGUCAAGGCCCCUUCCCCCAGAGAAACGCUUAUCAGACCAUCAUGAAUAACAGCAAGGGGUCGUCAUCUUCUGGCUCGUCGUCCGCUUGGAAUAAUCACCAAAACGCCGCUUGGAGCACAGCCUCCAACCCCUGGAGCGGGCUGCAGGCGGGCAGAGACCCGCGCAGAGCGGUGGGCGUCGGGGUGGGGGUCGGAGUCGGCGUCGGGGUGCCGUCGCCCCUGAACCCCAUCUCCCCCAUGAAAAAGUCCUAUACCAGCAAUGUUAUAGCACCCCCCAAAUUCCCAAGACCUGGUCCCCUCGCCCCCAAACCCUGGAUGGAGGACAGCGCCUUCAGGACUGACAACAGCAACAACAUACUGCCUUUCCAGGACCGGAAUCGGCCCUUUGAUGCUUUUAGCUUGCACUCUUUGGAGAAUUCCUUAAUGGAUAUGAUAAGGACUGACCAUGACAAAGGUAAACCACACCCUGCCGGUGGCCCACCAAUGACUAUCGCUGAUAUUAUAUGGAGGAAUCAUUUUGCAGGACGUAUGGGCCUCAACUUUCAUCAUCCUGGAGCAGACCACAUAAUGCCAUUGAAUACCAGGAGCUAUGGCCGCAGAAGAGGUCGUUCCUGUCUUUUUCCCUUCGAAGAUGGUUUCCUUGACGACGGCCAUGGUGACCCCUCCUUGACUCCGGGCCUGAACUCGCCAACCCGCUGUCAGAAUGGAGAGAGGAUGGAGCGCUACUCCAGGAAGGUCUUCGUUGGAGGCCUUCCCCCUGACAUAGAUGAAGAUGAAAUCACCAACAGUUUCCGUCGCUACGGGCACCUGGUGGUCGACUGGCCCCACAAAGCUGAGAGCAAAUCCUACUUCCCACCUAAAGGCUAUGCCUUCCUGCUGUUCCAGGAGGAGUCCUCUGUUCAGGCCUUGAUUGACGCCUGCAUCGAAGAGGACAGCAAGCUCUACCUGUGUGUAUCCAGUCCUACCAUCAAAGACAAACCGGUCCAGAUCCGUCCCUGGAACCUGAGCGACAGCGACUUUGUCAUGGACGGCUCCCAGCCUCUGGACCCCCGCAAGACCAUCUUUGUAGGGGGAGUGCCACGGCCCCUGCGUGCAGUGGAGCUGGCUAUGAUCAUGGACCGGCUGUACGGAGGUGUCUGCUACGCUGGCAUCGACACCGACCCGGAGCUCAAAUACCCAAAGGGAGCCGGCCGUGUGGCCUUCUCCAAUCAGCAGAGCUACAUUGCUGCCAUCAGCGCUCGCUUCGUUCAGCUGCAGCACAAUGACAUCGACAAAAGGGUGGAGGUGAAGCCGUACGUCCUGGACGACCAGAUGUGUGACGAGUGCCAGGGGGCACGCUGCGGGGGGAAGUUCGCCCCCUUCUUCUGUGCCAACGUCACCUGCCUGCAGUACUACUGUGAGUACUGCUGGGCCAGCAUCCACUCGCGAGCCGGCCGCGAGUUUCACAAGCCACUGGUGAAGGAAGGGGGCGACCGCCCUCGACACGUGUCCUUCCGCUGGAGCUGAGGGGGGUUCACGAGUCAGCCCUGCCCCGGUGAAACCACACCUGACCCCAGAAAAGGCCUCCUGCACCCCUGCUAUCCUACAGGCCGGGACAGAGCUGCGACCCCCUACCCCCGCCCAAAGCCCCACCUACUCCACCCUGCUCCCCACAAACACCUCAUGAAAAAAGCAAAAAGGAUACCAUCAAAUACAUGGGACUUUCUUCAUACCACAUGGCUCUGAACUCAUUGUCUAGUGUUCCCUUCCGAUGAAGCAUUGUGGGGAAACGAAAUGCGAAAGUCUAUCAGCUUAGAAUUUGCACUUUGGCACAAAAUUUCACUAAAAACACACACACACAGGAUGGUAUGUUAGACACCUGGCAACUUUCAGUUCCCCAUU